GGAAACUUCCGGUUCGGGUCUGCCGGGGCAGUCAGGGCUUAGCGAUGCGGUACCCUGUCCUGCUGAGUGUCGCUAGGUGUCUUUGGGCCCGCCCAGCCGUCGCCCCGGCCCGCCGGCACCUCAGCUGCCGUAGCCCACCGCUGGAGGAGCUGUUCUCCCGCGGCGGGCCCCUGCGGUCCUUCCUGGAGCGCCAGGCAGCGUCUGAGUCCCAGUUGCAGGUCAGGGGGCCUGAGCUGGUGGCCGCAGCCAAACGAUUGAGCGAGAAGGAGCAGGAGCUGCAGGAGACCGAGCACUUGCUGCACGAUGAAAAUGAAGACUUACGGAAACUUGCAGAAAAUGAAAUCAUUUCGUGUCAAAAGGAAAUAGCUCAAUUAAAGCAUCAGAUUAUCUUACUUUUGGUUCCCGCAGAAGAAACAGAUGAAAAUGACCUGAUCCUGGAAGUUACUGCAGGAGUUGGGGGUCAGGAGGCCAUGUUGUUUACCUCGGAGAUGUUUGACAUGUACCAGCAAUAUGCUGCGUUUAAAAGAUGGCAUUUUGAAACCCUGGAAUAUUUUCCAAGUGAAAUAGGUGGGCUCCGACAUGCGUCUGCCAGCAUCGGGGGCUCAGAAGCCUACAGGCACUUGAAGUUCGAGGGGGGUGUGCACAGGGUGCAGAGAGUGCCGAGGACGGAGAAGCAAGGCCGCAUCCACACCAGCACCAUGACCGUGGCAAUCCUCCCGCAGCCCACCGAGAUUAAUCUAGUGAUUAACUCUAAAGAACUGAGAAUUGAUACUAAGCGAGCCAGUGGAGCCGGGGGGCAGCACGUGAAUACCACCGACAGUGCUGUCCGAAUAGUUCAUCUUCCAACAGGUGUUGUUUCCGAAUGCCAACAAGAGAGGUCGCAACUGAAAAACAAGGAGAUGGCCAUGAAGAAGCUGCGCGCAAAGCUGUACAGCAUGUAUCUAGAAGAAGAGACAAAUAAAAGAUACCAUGCUAGAAAGAUUCAGGUUGGAAGUAAAGGAAGGUCAGAAAAAAUAAGAACAUACAAUUUCCCACAGAACCGGGUCACAGAUCACAGAAUAAACAAGUCACUUCAUGAUCUUGAAACUUUUAUGCAAGGAGAGUAUCUACUGGAUGAACUUGUACAGUCAUUGAAAGACUAUGCUGAUUAUGAAUCUUUAAUAGAAAUUAUUUCCAAAAAACUUUAAAUUAUUAUUACAGAUUUUUACAACUUAUGAAAAUUCUACUAUAGCAAAUCAGCGUAUAAAUCAUCACCAGUAUUGGCUUGAAAAACACGAGUGAACGCAGUUGGAAGCAAGCAUAUUUUAAGACAAUUUAUAUAAAUCAUGUCUCAAUGAUGUAUUAGUAAAAAAUAUGCCUACAGUAUAAGCAUGGCUCUAGUUGUAUAUUUUGAACUCCUCCUUAAAAGUAGAAAAAGGAAAGUCAUUCUUUGUUUUAUGUAAAAUAUUGAAUGAUCAAAACUUGGUUUAACUAUUAUUAAACACUUCAAACAUAAUAUAGUAGAAACAUGAUAGUAAGUGCUGUAUUAGUUCAGGUCUAGUCAGGAAACAGAAAUCACACCAUUAAUUUUAACAGGGAUAAUUUUGAUAUAAUUUUUUAAAUGAUGGGAUUAGCUACUGGGGAGAACUCGAAUGCACUAGGACUGAGAGAGCAUCCAAGGACAGAACACCCUUGGAAGGGGCUACCCUCCCCCACCCCCACCCCCAAGGGGGAGAGGGCAUGGCUACAGCUCUGGCUGACAGACAAGGUCUCGGGCUGCCCCCAAGCAGUGCGGGUCUGCAGGUGGAUCAGGCCUUGCAGAGAGCCCUCCGGCCCUCAGAGACUGAUGAGCAAGAAGCCUUCCACCAGAGUGUCAGCAGAAGCUCUGUCUGCAUUCAUCAGAGUUCUCCAAAGAAACAGAACCACUGGAAUAUGUGCGUGUAAGAGAGAAAGACUCAUAAGGACGACCUGGGCCACUGGAUUAUGGAGGUUAGCAGGCUCACAAUCUGCAGUGUGGGCCAGCAGGCGGGAGGGCCAGCAGGUGGGAGGGCCAGUGGAGCCGACGCUGUGGUUCCCAUCCUGAAGCAGCUGGCUGGUGAAUUCUUUCUGGCGCGGGAAAGGCCAGUGUUUUUGCUUUUCCCAUGACUUGAGAUUGGAUGAGGCCCAUCCCAUUAUGGAGGGCAUUUUGCUUUAGUGUUCACUGAUUUAAGUGUUAAUCUCAUAAAAAAAAAAAACCCACAGAAACAGCUGGAGCAUGUUGACUAAACAUCUGGGUGCAGUGUGGUCUAGCCAAGUGGACGCGUUAAAACUAGCCAUUAAUCCUGUUUCCGAGAGCACUCUGGCAGUUGUGCACAGAAACAAGAGGGAGCACAUUGGAAACAAGACAAGCCCCUUCCUAGGGUACUGUCCUUCCACCACCACCUGCUGACAAAGCUUAAUACGGUGCCACCUGGCAAAGGAGCAGCAUUUGCAGGUCCAGGUUCCAUAUCACAGAAGUCAGUCGAGUGAAGGGAGAUCUGUUGCCAAGGGGCAACAAAAUUGGUAUGUGGCACGAACACCCAUACUCAUUACCUAGUUUCAAUAUUUGACUUUUUUCAUAUUUGCUUAAGUGAUAGAUAUUAACACUUCACUCUUAAAUAUUUCGGCUUGCAUUUUAAAAAAUGACAUUCUACUUCAUUUACUAUCAUCACACCUAACGAGAUUCACAAUAAUUCCCUAAUAUCUUCAAAUACCCAAUUACAAUUUCCCAAAUUCUCCCCAAAAUGUCUUAAUUGGUUUCUUUAAGCCAGGACUGGUGUCAUUUCAGUGUUUCCUACAAAAUGGAAGUUAGAGCCUAAGACUCAUCCUCCCUUCCCUGGGACUUGCAUUUUUGUUAUUAAAAUAUACCCUCAAAUAGUUAGGUUUGAACGCUCUGAUGUGAGAAGCAACAGAUUUUCUGGUGAGACAGAUGAAUUCACCCCUGUGAACUGAAUUUACCGGUAAAACAGCUUACAGCUACAUUGGUGUGAUACUGGAUCAAUGUUUCUGCCAUUAGAUUUAAAAGAAAUUAGUUGCUUCUCUUCCGAUAGGAAUCCUGGAUAUGAUUAGCUCUUUUCUGAGAAGCGUGACUCCGGAGAUCUGGGCCUGAGUGGAAGGAAAGUGCAGGGACGUUUGCUUGUGGCUGCAUAGUUGUUAAAGACCUUGGGGUUGAAAGCCACCUGGAAUGAAGUGCUGUGUUUGAUAAGGAAACAGGAGACACCCCAUGGUUCCCCCAUGGUGUGUGUGCUCCUUCACUGCAAGGAGUAGUAAUAAACUCAACCUGUUGGACAAAAAACAUAAAGGAAAGAACUAUAGGACAUGUCCGUUAUCCCAUUAAGAAGUGAGAAAAGCCAGGAAUGCUCAAAUUUUUAAAACAUGGGGUACUAAGGACUACAGUUGUAAGAGUUCUACCUAGUGGUAAUGAAAAAAAGUUAAACUUACAGAAUCACAAGGUAAGAUUUCCAGAGAAAACAAUUUUACUACUAAGGUUAUAAGAUUUUAAAACAUUAAGGAAUUAGGAGGCAUUUUGUUAAGUCCCCAAACUGCACACUUUUCCACAUUUGUUGGAAAUCAACAGUAGUCUGAAUUCUUUUGAGCCUAUGUUCUAGUAAAUUCAAAACUGUAUUGUUGGGUAAUGGGUAUCCUUAAGUCAACCUUUAUUAUUUCCUUAAAAGCCUUCGCGUGUGCUAAUUUUCAGAGUAAUUUUAUACUGAUAACUUAUUCUCUCACCUUAUGACUUUCUAAGGGAAGUGUAAUCAAGUUAAAAAACCAUUAAAGACAGGUUAGAAUUUAAAGCUAGCCAAAGAUUAUCAAAUAUAUCAAGAGAACUUCCCUUAGAAGAGGAUCUCUCUCCCUGUAAUAUUCUGCCAAAGGCACUCUGCCUUCCCAAGAAAAGCUGAUGAAUGCACCUUUCAGUGACCUAAGCAACUAAAGGAAACAGCCAGACACGUUCAGUCAACCACAUUCAGUGCCCGCACAAAGCCCAGCACAAGCCCACAUCCCAGAUUUAUCACUUUCCUCCUGGCUCGUGCAUUUUCCUUUCUGAAUAAAAAUCUGUUGGUUUUAAA